GGGGGGGGCCUUCCUGGGGGAGGGCUGGGUCAGGGAGGCUCGGAGCACUGCCGCCAGGGCCAGGAGCCUAGGGAGCGGGACUGCUCGUGUCCCAUCCUGCUGUGGCUACCGCUUUCACCUCUCCCAGCUAUUCACGCCCUCUCUGGGCCCAGGUGGCCUGCGCGGCCCAAGCGAAGUGGCCAUGAAGAGUAUGAUGUUCCAGUCCCGGCUUUUUGGGUGGGGUGCUGCCCUGGAGGGGUCCCGGCCAGGCAGGCACCGCCGACUCCCAUGGGCAUGCCGACCCUACAGCCGCCGCCGCCCAGCCAGCCGGGGCCCCCCAACGGGGCCUUCCACCAACCUGGCUCAGGGGGCCGGCACCGAAAGAAGGAUCAUGGCCAAGGCCAAGGUGGCCGCAGCACCAAGAAGACCACAGGCCACGGGCAAAAAAGGCCUAGAGGCAGGCACAGGCACGGGUUCACGGACCUGGGCACCUCACAGCAGGCCACGCCAUCCCUGCCAGCCUCCUGCCUCCUGACCCAGGAGGCCAUCACCCGCAGCAAUGUCAAGAUGAAACACGUCCCUGCCCUGACUGACCCUGGCCUAGCCAUGCUCCACCUGGCAGGUCGGUGACCCCUUUCCUCCACACUCACCCUUAUGGCAGGAGUAAGAAGGCCACGCACUUGGGGUUCUCCUCUAGUGGGUCCUCGGCCACUGUGGCUGCAGCAUCGCUGUGCCUGGAAAUGGCCCACCUACCUGUGCGUCCUGGUUAGCAGUGAGAAGAUGCCCUGAUGCCCAAGAGCCGGCUCCUCCGGUCCAUGUUGGGGAGGUACCGAGUGGCAGAGGGGAGGGGGACAAGGGAGCGCAGAGUCCAGCUGCCCUGUGUCUGCACAGAGCAUGAAAUGGCCAAGAUCCCAUCCCGCACGUUCCCCGGGCUGCCAAAUCUGCGGCGGCUGGACCUGAGUCAGAACAAGCUGGAUGCCCGAGGCCUGCACCCCUGUGCCUUCAAGGUGUGCAGCACCCUUCUGCUUGUGCUCCCGGGAGGAGGGCCGGCAGGUCUGAGAUGGCUCCAGGCGGCCACCGUGCCUCUCCCCACCCUGCCUGGGGUGAUCAGGCCCGGAGGAGGUGCUGUGCAGACCACCCAGCAUGGUGGGCUUCAGUGAUUUGGGACAACACGGUCCACAGCUGGGUGUGGAGAGCAGCGUGGAUCCUUGGACCCCCACAAGGGAUCCUUGCGUCCCCACAAGAAGUUCUGGGAGAAACCGAGCAGCGAUUCUCAAAACCCGCAGACAGACCUGCUCCAAGCCGCAGUGCAACCAGAUAGGUGUCCCUCGGGCAGAAUCAGCCCAAAGCCAUGCCCAGAAGGCCUAGCCUGCCUAGUGGCACCGCGGUCCCCAGCCCCCUCUUCCCCCUGCCCCCCAGAAUCUGACACGGCUGAAGCUGGAUGGGAACUCGCUGUGCACAGUGCCAGCCCUGCAGCAGCUUUCAG